AUGGGAGGGAGAAUUGGACUGUUGUUUGUUUUGAUACUUGGUGUUGUUGCAUUGGCUUGUGAUGCUAGAGGGUUUGCAAGUCCUUAUCAAUUGGGCAUUAUUGCUGCAAAUUCUGCAUCUGCUGAGCUAGUGAAGAUACCGGACGUGUGUGCACUUUGUGAGGAAUAUACUACCAAGGCACUUGAUUACAUAAAUGAAAACAAGACUCAGAGUGAGGUUAUUGAUAUUCUUCACAAUACUUGUCAUCAGCUUCACACGUUUGAGAGGAAGUGCAUCAGUUUGGUGGACUAUUAUUUGCCACUUUUCUUCUUAGAAAUGACCUCAGUUCAGCCUGGAGAUUUCUGCAAUAAGGUCAACCUCUGCCAGAACAUCGCUAAUAUGUCCUUACAAUUUCAAGAAAACAGCUGCGAUUUUUGCGAAGAUACUGUUUCAAAACUAUUGGACAAGAUAACAGAUCCUGACACAGAGCUAGCGAUAAUCGAGACAUUACUGAAGGUGUGCAGUUCAUUGCGCAAGUCUGCGAGCAAGUGCAAGAGGAUUGUUCUAGAGUAUGGUCCCUUGGUAUUUGAAAAUGCGGAAAAGUUUCUGGAGAAGGCAGAUAUAUGCACUGCAUUACAUGCUUGCAAGGAUUCAAAAGUAGUUGGCAGAGGAUUUAUUUCUCAACUCUUAAGUAUUUAUUAUGGCAACAAUAUUUUUAUGAGAAUGGUGCAUUUGCUGAAGAUUGCUCUAUUUUGA